AUGCUACGGGGCGUCGCUCGGUGACGUGUUAGCCAUGGAGACCCAGGAGGGUGUCUCCAAACAAAGCAUACGUGAACGGAUUUGGGACUACAUGGAAUCCCAUGAUAUAGCUGACUUUCCCCGACCCGUUCAUCACAGGAUCCCCAACUUCAAGGGGUCCUACCUGGCUGGCCAGAGCAUCAGAGACCUGGAAGUCUUUGCUGGGACACAGGAAGUGAAAGUGGACCCUGAUAAGCCCCUGGAAGGUGUCCGAUUCCUGGCACUGCAGAGCAAAAAAACACUGCUGGUCCCAACACCACGACUGCGAACAGGGCUGUUUAACAAGAUCACGCCACCCCCUGGAGCCACCAAAGACAUUCUGAGGAAAUGUGCCACCUCCCAGGGUGUGCGGAAUUUCAGCGUCCCAGUGGGCUUGGAUUCCAGUGUUCUUGUGGAUCUAGUUGUGGUGGGAUCUGUUGCUGUGUCUGAGAAAGGCUGGCGAAUUGGGAAAGGGGAAGGCUAUGCUGAUCUUGAAUACGCCAUGAUGGUGUCAAUGGGAGCCGUCCACAAGGGGACACCGGUUGUCACAAUUGUCCACGACUGCCAGGUCGUAGACAUCCCCGAGGCUCUUGUGGAGGACCACGACCUCACAGUUGACUACAUCCUCACUCCCACCAGGGUCAUCACUACAGGCUGUGCACGCCCAAAGCCAACGGGCAUCAUGUGGUCCAAGGUCAGCUGUGAGAUGCUUACGAAAAUCCCAGUGCUCAGGAACCUCCGGGAGAGAGAGAAACAGGCUGGGAAGGAUGUCACUCUCCGGGACGAGCCUGGCAGCCAGCAGCCAGCUCCAGGCCCCAUCAGGAGACCCCAGGAUAGACCACAAACAGGGCCUACGUCUGGGUGCCAACGCCUUGAGGGUGUCACUGGGGCAGCAGAGGGAUAUGUGACCUGAAGGAGCCAACACAGGCUCUCCUCCCAGUCCUGGCCUGAUGGUGGGUCUUGGAUAGCUGGGAUGCUGUUACCUGGCAACCCCACAUCCCAGGCACCUGGGCCUGAUGCUGUCCUCAGAGCCCCAGCAGAAGUGAGGAAAGACAGCCAUGUUCCAGCGCCUUUAUCUGUGCUCUGUGACUAGCACCUCAGAUAGAAGAUAUGCCCUAAAGAGAACAUCAAUUUUAUUACUUAUGGAUUUCCUUUUGUGUUCUGGGUUUUGUUUUUUUGUUUUUUGUUUGUUUUUUUUUUUUUUUGGUUUUUGUUUUUUGUUGUUGGUUUUUUUUUGUUUUUUUGUUUUUUGUUUUUUUUGAGAUAAGGGUUUCUCUGUGUGGCCCUGGCUGUUCUGAAACUUGCUCUACAGACCAGGCUGGCCUCAAACUCACAGAGAUCUGACUGCCUGUGCCUCCCACCACAUUCAACUUCAAAUUUCCAAAAUAUCAGAGGCUCUCUACAAAGUAGAUCUGCAAUUAGACCCACAUCUAAGGGCUGUGGUGUAGGUGCCACCCAGUCCGUGGCACUCUUUAGUAGAAGCUGCCCUCGGACCUCACACUCCAGAGUCCCCUUUCCUGUGACUGGGAGAAAGGUGUCCCAAUAACUUGAAGCACCCUUUGGAGCUUGGUGCAGCUUCCUAGGAAAUGCUCCAGCCCUUCCCACCGGAAGUCAUCUCCCCAAGUCUGGCUAAAGUCAUACCAUACUUGGCUUAACAUCUGGAGACCAGUCCCAUGUAGUGAUGGUGCUGGGCUGCCCCAUGGAGAGAGGGCCAGGUGCCCAGCACUGCCAGGACCGUGUGCCAGUUUGGAAGAGAUCCCAGGCCAAGCGGAAGAGCCCCGAGGAGCCACUGAGGCAGCUGUAUAAAAAACGACUUAUGGUCUUAAGCCACUAAACUUGGGGGCAAAUGUUUGCUUCCUUGGUGAUGAAUCCUAUAGUCUCACCUCUCAGACGGUUAUGGGCACACAUAAAUCAGGUGUUCUUCUGAAGAAUGGCAAGUCACAGGGUAUAGGAAGAGGGUGCACCGUAAAACCCCCCACCCCCAUUACAAUUGCGAUUGAGGCUCCUCAGGCAGCUGAGUCCCAGAAGCCGAGCCAAGUUGCUCUUUACCCCCCCAGUGAGCAGGAUCAAGCCAGGGGCGUUUGGCAGAAGAGAAAACCUACCCUCCCCUGUGCAGCAACGUCAGUCUUCCUACAGCAGAAGAAACAUGGACUUGGUCUGUGGCAUGGGCAUGGGGGUCACCCAGGGUACUGGGCCUGUCCUGCAUCCUUUGGUUCAAGCCUCUCACCUCUAGGCUUUGGACGCUGUCCUUCGGUGCUCCUGUGGCGGCCAUGCUGGAGGUCCCAAGGACACUGGAGGUCUCCCCCAUCCUUACCAUGCUGCCAAACCCCAGAGAGUCUGGGUCACCCCAGGACCGCCACAGAGAUGUUCAGACAAGCAGAUUUAAGUAAGGAGCUGCACUUCUGCUCUCUUGCAGGAACAGGGCUGUCUCCUGUGAAUGGAGCCCUUUCUUUUUCAGGGUCAUAGAUCUCGAGGGUUGAAAUGGGAGCUGACGUGUGUCUGUGUGGAGUGGAUGGAUGCGCCACACUUUGGUGGUUGGAAGCCAUAAGCACCGGCCUGGAGGUCUAACAUGGCUCCCACCUGCAGGUCCAACAAACCCACCAGAAGGAGCAGCUUUCCAAAGAAGGGUCUCAGGCCAGAACUGGCUGAAGUCCUGGAGCCUGGCCCUGUUGAGUGGAAAAAACUGUUCCCUGGGGGAACACUGACCUGCCACAAGCAGGGGCCUUCAGGCCAACUGGAAGCCGUAGCGGCUUGUCAGAACACAGAGAACAUUCAGUGGUUGAAGAAUUCCAAGUCGGAGCCACACUCCGCCCGAAGGGUGGGCUGGGUUUGCAGUGUCUUCUAGCUGUGUGACCUCAGGCAACGGCUCACCCUCUCUGUGCCUGAGUUCUUUCUUAACGCUUUUGAGACUUGCAGUAGACUUCUUAGGUCACCCACCAUGCACCAGAGGAGGGGAGCAAAGUUAGGAGGAGGUGGAGCAAGGAACUCCACCCAGUGGACCAACUGGAGCCCUGAACCAGCACAUCUGUUACCUGCUUCUCUAGGGGCCACAGGGUCUCCAUGUGCAGGGUCCACGGGCCACAAAGUCGCCUGGGGUUGGGCUGGAAGUGACUUCAACCUUCCACUUUUCUGAAGCCCUAUCGUUCGUGCGACUAGGAAAAGACAAUUAAUUCAAUUUCCCCUAAACUCUCCCAAACCAAGGGCCUUCUAUAGGGUCCGCUCAUCUGGGCACAUAUGCCUGCCGCUUUCCGGAGUUCUAACAUGAACUGUAAGAAACGGACAGCAGGCGGCGCUGUCUCCUCGUGAGAGAGAGCUAGGGACAAACUCCCAGGGUAGUCUCGGAGCUUCUCAGGCAGUUUCCGAGGUUCCCUCUCCUUUUCAAGGGUUGCCUGACCUUGAGCUCUCUCCCUGUAUUGACACCGCAACUAAGUAUGGCCUGUUGCUACCCCCACACACACACACCCGCCCUCUGCCUACCUGUUGCCCUGCCCUCCCUCCCGUGUAGCCGGAAGGUCACACUCAGGUCCAUCUGUCUGACCCAGCCCCACUACUGGAGCGAAUGCUGGGGUCCAGUGAGAGCCCAGGCCUGUCAGCUCCCCCCACCCCACCCCACCCCCGUCACAGAAACCCAGAGACAUCAUGUGCCCGUCUAGAACUUGCUUUCCAGGACACAUUCCCAAAGACAGUCGAGUUGUCCUUUUACAGGGACAUCUAAGAACCUGGCAUUCUUCCACAUGGUCGUGACCUGGGACAGUCAGGGAACAUGGGGUCCCUGCCUCCCCGGUGUGAUGUCAGUAGUUUUAAUAAGAUGCUCAGAGAGGUUUAGCAUAUGGUCCCUCCCCAGGCCAGUCCUGUGUCACCACAAGGCCACUGAACAACAGAACUAUGCUAGAGCAAUGCGGGCUGGGUCCCAGCUGUACUGUCUGCCCUAGCCAGGCAAACAGACCACUGAAAUGGCCCUGCCGGCACUAUGGCUGAGUUUAGAAGGGCUAACUCCUUGCUCAGUUCAGACUGCUACACCCCAUUGUCUCUCGGGUGACCCAAGCCCAGUGACAUCCCUUCAGGGGAUCCAUGUGAGCCUUCCAGGUACUAGAAACAGCGGCAGGACCCCGCAUCUGGUCUCAACAAAGCACGCACAGUCCCACCUUGGUAAGCCAACCCUUCCAUCAUGCUUUGCUCAAAGUGGGCGUCUUCUAUAUGGCCAGCCAGGUAACUGUGGACAGCAACUGGCAAUGGCAGGGCUGUGCCCACCUGUCCCCUAUGGAGGAGUCCAAUGGCAGGCAUCCACGGGUGCUCCCUGUGGGUGGAUUGGGCAUCUGUAGCCAUUACCUGUUGGAUCAUAUUCCUCUCUGGGCUGUCAAAGCAGGCCAGAAAGUAUCACAGGCUUGGGAGCAGAGAUCUAUGGUACAUGGCACCCUAAGAGUGAGACCCUGGUUACAAUACCCAUGGAAGAAAGUGGGGGGCGGGGGGGAGGAGUGGGCGGGAAGUCAGGAAAUACAAGCUGGAAAUAAAACUCAUUGUUAAAGCUCCA